AUGCUGCUCCGCAAUCCAUUGAGAGCACAGAUACUGCAGCGUGUCCCCAGAAGGCAGACAAGAUGGAGCUCUUUGUCUCAAAGACCAGGCUCGGAUCGAGUCCACUUCCCUGGUGCCGUCAGCAGCAAAUUCACGACCAAGCUCUCCUUUGAGCACCCCUCCACACAUCCCGCAAUGCCUACCUACAGAGUCAUGGACUCGGACGGCGUGGUGGUAGAUGAAUCUCGAAAACCUUCAGGGAUUAGCAACGAGGAGAUCGUGACCUGGUAUCGAAACAUGUUGACGGUUAGCAUUAUGGAUCUCAUCAUGUUUGAUGCGCAAAGGCAAGGGAGAUUGAGCUUCUAUAUGGUGUCAGCAGGCGAAGAAGGCAUCGCGAUUGGAUCAGCUUCUGCUCUAGUCCCAGAAGACGUCAUAUUCUGUCAAUAUAGAGAAACUGGCGUCUUCAAACAACGUGGCUUCGCGCUUUCUGACUUUAUGAAUCAGCUCUUCGCUAAUUGCAAAGACGCUGGCAAAGGCCGCAAUAUGCCUGUCCAUUAUGGCAGUGGCAAGCUCAAUAUCCAUACUAUAUCUUCACCCUUAGCAACCCAGAUUCCCCAAGCAGCUGGUGCAGCCUAUGCCCUCAAAAUCCAAGCCCUGCAAAACCCCGAUGUACCUCCUCGAGUCGUAGCGUGCUACUUUGGCGAAGGGGCUGCCAGUGAAGGUGAUUUUCACGCCGCGCUCAACAUAGCAGCAACGCGAUCCUGCCCGGUUGUCUUCAUCUGCCGCAAUAACGGAUACGCGAUCUCAACUUCAACGCUGGAGCAGUAUCGUGGCGAUGGUAUUGCGAGCCGCGGUAUAGGAUACGGUAUUGACACUAUUCGCGUUGAUGGAAACGACAUCUUCGCGGUUCGAGAGGUCACUAAGGAAGCGCGGCGUAUGGCGCUGGAAGACGGCGGCAAGCCUGUGCUUAUAGAAGCGAUGAGCUACCGCGUCUCACACCACAGCACCAGUGACGACAGUUUCGCUUACCGAGCCAAAGUAGAAGUCGAAGACUGGAAACGGCGAGACAACCCCAUCACAAGGCUACGCAAGUGGAUGCAGCACCAAGGCAUGUGGGACGAGGAGAAAGAAAAGGAGGCGAGGAGCCAGAUUAGGAAAGAUGUGCUGAAGGCUUUCGCGGAAGCUGAGAAGGAAAAGAAGGGGCCGCUGAGGGAUAUGUUUACCGACGUGUAUGAAGACUUGACUGAGGAAAGUAGGGGACAUAUGAAGGAACUGGGGAGGCUUUUGGAUGAUUAUCCAGAGGAGUAUGAUGUAAAUGAGUUCGAAGGUGGUAGGAAAGGAUUAUCCGAGCCGUGA